UGGUUUGUUGAAUCAGUAUACAUCAAAUUGUUCGAAUAGACACAUGCGUGUUCAUAUAUAAGUAUAAUUUGUCGACGACCUGCCAAUAUGGUUCAACCACAACAAAAGCUACCCAUCGUACCGCAGCCAACAUAUUUUGCAGUCGGUCCCCAGCCGCAUGAUGUCACUUGCCCCUAUUGUCAGGCAAAGGCCAAAACAGUGAUGCUACGGCCAAUACUGCGCUGCUUCAGCCGGCGCCAUUACUGCUCGGAGUGUGGCGAGUACUUGGGCACCUAUCGGAGGCCACAACUGUGAAGUGAUUUCUUUUCUGCGAACUAGUGAAAAUAUUACACAUGUAAAAUGUAAACAUGAUAUACAAUGUAUCUAAGUAAAAUGUAAAUGUUUAUUUAUUAAUCUACAAGUGAAUUG